AUGAUCCGCGGCCACACCCAGCCACCAGGCCAAGGCUACAGAGACUGUUUCCAGGAAAGGCACCUCUGCCUCAACAUCCACUCCUCAUCGUUGGGUCGUAAAGGCCCCUUCAGCAAACCAGCCACCUCAUCCAUGGCCAGAGUCGCGGUUUCGACGGAAAACGGCCGAACUAACCUCAAAAUCACGAUAAAAACUUCAAUUCAUCAGCCAGAGGAACAUGAACAAGCUACUGCCAUUUUGUGGAAUGGGUUGAUGGUAUUUUACGAGAAUCUGAAGGAAAAGAUACCUGAAGUGCCCGGGAAGAUUGAUCCGAUCGCUUUCUAUUUGGUACCAAUGGAAACGGCCAGACGCAAUUAUAUUGACAUGGACAGGACCAUUUCACAUCGGCAGUUGGUCAGGAUGUUUGAGGUGGGUUUGGUUUGGAGGAAGGGUGGCUGGUUAAGGGAGGAUGGUUUUUUGGUAUGGGAGGGGUGAUUUUUGGACAGAUUUUACGUUUUGGGAAAAAAUGGGAGACUUUUAGGUAACAAAUUUGAAUUUUCGUCAAUUUUAGGUAACAAAAUAGGGGUUUUGGCUUGUUUUAGGUAAUAAAAUUGAUUUUUUGACAAUUUUAGGUAACAAACAGAAUUUUAGGUUUGUUUUAGAUAAUGGUGACAUUUCUAAUUGUAGGAUGCUCCAAAAUCGAAGAGAAUUUCUUUAUCAAAAGAGAACCAAGCCAUGAGGGCGGUUUGGAUCAUGAGAGGCCUUCUCAAUAUCUACCAGAACCUGCCCAAAAUCGACCUCAGCUUCGUCAACGGAUCGCCGGAAGACUUUGAUUACUACGUCAGACUCUUGAGACUUCUCCAAGCUGACUACAACAUUCCGGUCGAUAACGUGAUGGUUAUUAGGUAGGGUUUAGCAGGUUUUAGGGGUAAAAUGGGAAAGGUUUAGGUAAUAAAAUGGAGUUUUUGGCUUAUCUUUCUUAAUAAACAUUGAAUUUCUGUUCUUUUUAUGUAACAAAAUAGUUUUUUGGCUUAUUUUAGGUAAUAAAAAGUUUAUUUUUAUGGUUUUUAGGUAACAAAAUAGAGUUUCAGGUAAUAAAAGUUGAAGUUUUUUGGUUUUAAAUAGGGCUUUUGUUUUAUUUUAGGUAACAAAAUCGAAUUUUUAAACCAUAUUGUUUUAUAAAAUGUCAUGUUUUGGUAGAUUUUGAAGAAGGAAGCUUAUUUUUUGUAAAUUUUAGGUAACAAAAUUGAAUUUUUUUAAUAUGAUUUUGGCUAUAAAAUGGUUUUUUUACUAAUUUUAGAUAUUAAAGUUACUUUUUUUCGUUAUUUAUGUGCGGUAAAAUAGCAUUUUUCUUUGAUUUUAUGUAAUAAAAUUGAAAUUUUAGUCGAUUUAAGAGACGUAAAUAGCAUUUUUGGUCGAUUUUGGAUAGUAAAAUACAUUUUUAGCCGAUUGUAAAGAAGAAAAUUUAUUUUUUUGUAAAUUUUAGGUAAUAUUUUUAACAAUUUUUGUUUGCAGAGACCUGACCGUAAAGAACAACGCCCUCCGUGAAAGCCCAGAAGCCCUGAGGAAGUUUUUGGAAGAAACUAGACUAAAGAAGAAGUCUAGUCGUCGCAAACGCAGCUGUUCUACUAUCUCGUCUUGA